AUGACCGACGCAUUAGCAGCGCAGUUGAAUAAAGCUUCCUUAAACGAUGGCGCAGAUGACUCAAAUUGGAAACAGGCCCUCAAAAUCCCCACCAAAGAUACCCGACAACAAACAGAAGACGUCCUUGCCACCAAAGGCCUCGAAUUUGAAGAUUUUUACAUCAAGCGUGAACUCAUGAUGGGCAUUUUUGAAGCCGGUUUCGAGAAACCCUCGCCCAUCCAGGAAGAGACGAUUCCUGUUGCCCUCACCGGCCGAGACAUCCUGGCACGAGCGAAGAAUGGAACCGGCAAGACCGCAGCGUUUGUUAUUCCCACCCUCGAACGAAUCAACCCCAAGAAUCCAAAGACCCAAGCCCUCAUCCUGGUCCCCACUCGGGAACUGGCAUUGCAAACAUCACAAGUCUGCAAGACACUAGGCAAACACUUAGGCAUCAACGUCAUGGUCACCACCGGCGGCACCGGCCUCAAAGACGACAUCAUCAGGUUAGGAGAGACAGUACACAUCAUUGUUGGCACACCAGGAAGAAUUGCCGACCUGGCGGGCAAAGGGGUGGCCGACUUGUCCGAGUGCCCCAUAUUUGUCAUGGACGAAGCAGACAAGCUUUUGUCUCCGGAAUUUACUGAUGUUAUCGAACAACUUCUGUCGUUCCAUCCCAAGGAUCGACAAGUCAUGCUUUUCAGCGCGACCUUCCCUAUGAUUGUCAAAUCGUUCAAAGACAAGCAUAUGCGCAAUCCUUACGAAAUCAACCUCAUGGACGAGCUGACCCUCCGUGGUAUCACACAGUAUUACGCAUUUGUCGAAGAGAAACAGAAGGUUCAUUGCUUGAACACCCUCUUUUCCAAACUACAAAUCAAUCAGUCUAUCAUCUUCUGCAAUUCGACCAACCGCGUUGAGCUGCUGGCGAAGAAAAUCACCGAGCUUGGGUACUCCUGUUUCUAUUCUCACGCCAAGAUGCUCCAGCAGAAUCGCAACAAGGUCUUCCACGACUUCCGUGCGGGCGUCUGCCGAAAUCUGGUGUGUUCGGAUCUUCUUACUCGUGGUAUCGAUAUUCAGGCUGUCAACGUGGUCAUCAAUUUUGAUUUCCCCAAGAAUGCCGAAACAUAUCUUCAUCGCAUUGGUCGUUCUGGUCGAUUUGGCCAUCUUGGCCUGGCCAUCAAUUUGAUCGGCUGGGAUGACCGUUUCAAUCUGUACAAGAUUGAGCAAGAGCUGGGGACCGAGAUUCAACCCAUUCCACCAUCCAUUGAUAAGAGUCUCUAUGUGUACGACAGCCCGGAAAACAUUCCUCGAUCAAUGCCUCCUCCAGCCCAGGUUGCCAAACCCAACCCUGCGAACGCUGCUGCCAAUGCGAAUGCGGCGACCGCCAAUGGGCAAUACCAAGGCCGGAGACCACAGAAUCAAUCCAAUGGAUAUGGACAACAAUACAAUUCAGGCCGUGGUGGAUAUCGCGGUCGUGGCCGCGGUCAAGGCGCUCGAGGACGUGGUGGCCAUCCCCAUCAGGCAGCAGCACCAGUCAGUCAAACCGCUCAGUAG